AUGGAUUUUGGGUUGUGGAGUUAUGUUUUUGCAGCUCAACUGGCAAUUCUCUUCUUUAAUACUUCUUCAUGUUCCUCAGAAAAAGCUCCAUAUUCCACAUUUGCUCGAGAUGCAACAUUGGCUCCACCACUCAUACACUACGACUACAUCAUCAUCGGCGGCGGAACCUCCGGCUGUGCAUUAGCGGCCACUCUGUCUCAAGGCGCAACCGUCUUGGUGCUCGAAAGAGGUGGUUUGCCCUAUGGAAACCCUAACAUAAACAACAUUACUUCUUUCGUGGCCAGUCUUUCGGACACCUCCCCUUCCUCACCAUCCCAACUUUUCAUCUCCACGGACGGUGUCAUUAACAGCCGAGCCCGGGUGUUGGGUGGCGGCACGGCCUUGAACGCCGGUUUCUACACCCGGGCUAGCACCGGCUAUGUGCACCAAGUGGGGUGGGACCAAAAACUGGUGAAUGAGUCCUAUGAAUGGGUGGAAAAGAAGGUGGUGUUUCGGCCUCCGAUGUUGCAGUGGCAAUCGGCGGUGAGAGAUGGAUUGCUUGAGGUGGGGGUGUUGCCAUAUCAUGGAUUUACGUAUGAUCAUCUGUAUGGGACUAAAUUUGGUGGGACCAUCUUCGAUCGGGACGGUCAUCGACACACUGCUGCUGAUUUGCUAGAGUAUGCUGAUCCAACAAGGAUUGCUGUUUUCUUGAAUGCAACAGUGCAACGGAUCUUAUUUAGGAUGAAACUCUUGAAAGGGAAAUUGAGGCCAAAGGCUCAUGGUGUGGUAUUUACAGAUGCAAAAGGUAACAUGCACAGAGCAUACUUGAAUAUGGGCUCAAUGAACGAGAUCAUAUUGUCAGCUGGUGCAAUUGGAAGCCCACAGCUUUUGAUGUUGAGUGGAAUUGGGCCCACAAAACAACUCUCGGCCCAUGGAAUCAGGGUGUUAGUAAACCAGCCAAUGGUUGGUCAAGGGAUGGCUGAUAAUCCAAUGAACGCCCUAUUUAUUCCUUCACCUCGGCCCGUUGAAGUCUCUCUCGUCCAAGUUGUGGGCAUUACCCGGUUUGACAGCUACAUUGAAACGGCUAGUGGGUCCAACUUUGGUUACAGUUGGGCUCGGAGUAUGGCCCGACUAAUGGGAACAUCAAAGACCACUGAACCACCCACAGUGCCUCCUGAGCAAAGAACCACAGAAUCCAAAACCCUAGCUCAUGAAUACAUAAGCUCUAUCCUCAAUGGAACUUUUAAUGCCGGAGUUAUCCUGGAGAAGAUCAUGGGACCCUUGUCGUCCGGCUAUCUCGAGCUCAGAACCAGAAACCCUAAUGAUAACCCUAGGGUUACUUUUAACUACUUCAAAGACCCCAGGGACUUGCAGAGGUGUGUCCAAGGCAUGAGGACCAUUAUUGAUGUCAUACAAUCAAGGUCUUUCUCGGAGUUCCGCCUUAGAGCCCUGCCGGUGCAAGCCCUCAUCGACAUGAUGCUGACCUUUCCGGUGAACUUGCGACGAAAGCAUCUCAAUGCUUCAGUGUCACUGCAACAGUUCUGCAUGGACACUGUCAUGACCAUAUGGCACUACCAUGGAGGGUGCCAAGUUGGUAGGGUUGUUGAUCAUGAUUAUAAACUUCUUGGUGUGGAUGCAUUACGCGUUAUCGAUGGAUCCACAUUUUAUAAUUCCCCAGGAACUAAUCCUCAAGCCACUGUUAUGAUGCUAGGAAGGUACAUGGGACAAAGAAUUAUGUGUGAGAGGUUUCAAAAUGGGAGAAAGCAGAUGAGAAUGUGA